GUUAAGACGACGCUAAAAACCCUCUUAAAAGGCUCAGCCGCACUCGAUAAUGCAUAUAAGGACGCUUUACAGAGAAUUAAGGCCCAGUUAGGCGGCCACUACGAACUGGCUAAGAAAGCCCUGUCAUGGAUUACGUAUGCGAAGAGGCCGCUUACCACAGCUGAGCUAUGCUGUGCUCUAGCAAUAGAGCCAAAGGAAACAGAGCUCGACCCAGAAAAUAUACCAGACGUCGAGGAUCUGCUAUCCGUGUGCGCUGGCCUUGUCGUUGUCGACCAAGAAAGCGCUGUCAUUCGCCUCGUGCACUAUACUACGCAGGAGUACUUCGAGCGCAUUGGAGACACGUGGGAUCCAGAUGCUCAACUAUACAUUGCCUCCACAUGCCUUACCUACCUGUCUUUCGACGUAUUUAAAACAGGCAGCUGCUCCACUGAUAUGGAGUUUGCAGCGAAGCUCCAGGGGAGCACGUUCUUAGACUAUGCAGCUAAGUAC